ACCCUUGUUCACGUAAAAAGGCGCGAACGUAACAAUAACCCGUAACACUCAAAAUAGAUUCAAACAUAGUUUCCCUUCUCUUCUAUCAUCUCCUUCGUUACAAUGUUAUCCGGGUCGGGUUCAUCGGUGAUGUGGUUUCGGAAAGGUCUUCGGAUCCACGACAACCCGGCGCUACAACUUGCUUCACAAGGCGCGUCUCAUCUCUACCCGCUAUUCGUGGUGGACCCGCAUUAUAUGGAGCCUGACCCGACCUCAUUCUCGCCCGGUUCGUCGCGCGCGGGUCUUAACCGCACCAAGUUCUUGCUGGAGAGUCUUGUGGACUUGGAUCUCAGCCUCAAGAACCUUGGCUCGCGUUUAUUGGUUCUUAAGGGUGACCCUGCCGAAGUUCUCAUUCGCUGCUUGAAGGAGUGGAACGUCAGAAAGCUAUGUUUUGAGUAUGACACUGAGCCAUAUUAUCAGGCUCUAGAUACUAAAGUAAAGAACUUUGCACUUGGAGCUGGGAUUGAGGUUUUCUCUCCUGUGAGUCACACACUCUUCAAUCCCACAGAAAUUAUAGAGAGGAACGGAGGGAAGCCACCACUUACUUAUCAAUCAUUCACCAAAAUUGCGGGGCAACCACCGCCACCUCUCACAAUCACACACUCUUCGCUUCCUCCCAUUGGUAUUCUUGGGAGCUGUGAUAUUUCUGAGGUUCCUACAAUCGAAGACCUUGGAUAUGGAGAUGCUAAACAGGAUGAAUUCUCUCCUUUCAAAGGCGGUGAAUCGGAAGCGUUGAAGAGGCUGGCAGAAUGCAUGAAAGACAAGGCAUGGGUCGCAAAGUUUGAGAAACCAAAGGGUAAUCCAUCUGCAUUUCUUAAGCCCGCAACAACUGUUUUAUCACCUUACUUAAAAUUUGGUUGUCUUUCCUCCAGAUAUUUCUACCGGCAGAUUCAAGAUGUCUAUGAAACCAUGCCGAAGCAUACAUCACCACCUGUGUCUCUUCUAGGACAGUUAUUGUGGAGAGACUUCUUUUACACAGUAGCUUUUGGAACUCCAAACUUUGAUAGGAUGAAAGACAACAAGAUAUGCAAACAGAUUCCUUGGAAGGAUGAUGAUAAACUGUUAGAGGCUUGGAGGAAUGGUCGCACAGGAUUUCCAUGGAUUGAUGCUAUCAUGGUCCAGCUACAUCAAUGGGGUUGGAUGCAUCAUCUGGCACGUCAUUGCGUUGCGUGUUUUCUAACUCGAGGUGAUCUGUUUGUUCACUGGGAGAGAGGACGUGAUGUCUUUGAGAGGCUUCUGAUCGAUGCAGAUUGGGCUAUUAAUAAUGGAAACUGGUUGUGGCUCUCAUGUUCUUCCUUCUUUUAUCAGUAUAAUCGUAUUUACUCCCCGACAUCCUUUGGUAAGAAGUAUGACCCUAAUGGUGACUACAUUAGACACUUUCUCCCUGUCUUAAAAGAUAUGCCGAGGCAGUACAUAUAUGAACCAUGGAGUGCUCCUCUAAGCAUUCAGACCAAAGCAAAUUGCAUUAUUGGCAAAGACUACCCAAAGCCAGUUGUUUUGCAUGAUUCUGCGAGUAAAGAGUGCAAAAGGAAAAUGGGCGAGGCGUAUGCACUGAGCAAAGAACUGGAUGGUGUUGUUAAUGAAGAUGAUCUGAAAAACUUGAGAAGGAAACUAGACGAGGGUAAAGAACAAGAGACUAAAGCCAAGAGACCUAGAAACACAAGAGGGGACACCAUCUUUGUAAUUUUAUAG